AUGGCCGAUUUGAAACAAGAAAAACAAAUUGAAGACGAUGCUGUUCGCCGUAUUCGCAUCACCCUUACAUCACAAAAUGUCCGUGCUCUCGAAUCUGUCUGUGAUCAACUUAUCAUUUCUGCAAAAAAUGAACACCUUCCAGUAAAAGGACCAAUUCGCAUGCCAACAAAAAUUCUUCGCAUCACCACCCGUAAAACACCAUGUGGUGAAGGUUCUAAAACAUGGGAUAGAUACCAAAUGAGAAUUCACAAAAGACUCAUCAAUUUACAAUCUGGAACUGAUAAGCUUAAGAAAAUUUCUUCCAUCUCCAUUGAACCAGGUGUAGAUGUUGAAGUUACUGUUGCUGACAGCACUGCUCUUUAA